GCCCGCUGCGCCGCCCGACUCCCGAGCGCGCCAGCGAAAAAACCAGUCCAUCGCCGGCAACGGUCGCCGCAGCCUCACUACUCCCCACGUCGUCGCUUCGCGAGUUCACCGCUCCUGGUGGGGGAGAAGCCGCGUGUGUGCGCGCGUUUUGAAUCCUGCCGUGCAUGCUGCGAGACGCCUUGGCCCGUGCGCUCGACCGAAGACGCUCGCUCACCGCUUGGACGCCUGCGUGCUGCAUCGUGGUCGUCGGCUGCUGAAGACGGAGUCUCCAGGAGUCAAGAGGCGUGACUUCUCGCGCGCUUGUGCGUCCGCGCGCCGCGCCCACCUCUGCCCGUCUAGCGACGGGUCACUCGCUGCGUGGAUGACCACGUCCGAGAUCUGACCGACCAAAGUGGCGGCGAUGGUAGCGUGUUACUGUUACUUGUAGAAAGUUUCCCUUUCCCCAAGCAAUCGUGUCUGCUGGAGUGUUGCGUUUCUCCCGAGAACAGCAGAAACUCGGGUGGAGUGAUAGCCGGGUAACCUUUUCGUUAGUGUCGACUUGUGGUGUAAAGAGCCACUGUCAGUGCGUUGCCCUUCUCCGUCGGCCCCUGCUCGUCUGGUGGCUGUGAUUUCACUUGACGGGUUCGAUCACCGAGUGACCGCGGAGUGCGCGGUGUUCUUUUCGAAAGUGGAGGAGGAAGAGACGACGAAAUCAUCAUCUGCGGAGACCUGCGUGGGGAAAUAAGUGCUCUUCGCUAGCUUGUGUGCUUUUUUUUUCUCCUCAGUUUAUUGUUUGUGUCCCCUUUGUCUUUGGUUGUGCGUUUCACCCUGGGGCCGCCAAACAUGAGUGUUGUUCAACGCCAGCGUGCUGCGGGCCUGUGGAUACCGUUCGCCCUCGUCGCCGCCAGCACCGUCAUAGGUCUGGUGUCCGGCGUGCAAGAGUUCGAGAAGACACCGUCGGACGCAGAGGUCAACCCUGGAACCGAAGUGCGGUUGCAGUGUCAGGUGCGGAAUCGGCGAGGCGAGUGCGUGUGGCUUAAGAAUGGCUACGCUGUGGGCAAGAUCCCGGACAAGUACGACUUCGAGCGAGAGCCGCAGGACGGCGACUGCUCGGUGCUCAUCCGCAAGGUCAACUUGGACGAGGACGAUGGCUCCUGGCAGUGCCAGGUCACCAGGGCCUCCCUGCAGGACGCGCCCCUAAACUCGAAUGUCGCGAAACUCGUUGUGAGAGAGAAGCCGCACCCGCCGCGGCUAGAGGAAGGCACCCAGCCGCUGACCGGGCAGUUCAAGACCAAGGCGGGCGACCUGCGGAGGUUCCAGUGCGUGUCGCGCAAGGGGAAUCCCCCAGCGUCGCUUCGCUGGCAGCUGGACGGCCAGGACGUGACCGCCCUCGCCAACCAGACCAACCAGACGGACGUAGAGAAGGUCGGCACGUGGCAGGCCCUGUCCGUGCUUGACUACACCUUCGUCAAGGAACACAAUGGCCGGGAGCUGCGCUGCGUCGCUUACCACGGCGCCUACGAGGACCCCUCCGGUGGGCCGGGACACCGGGAUGUCAGCGUCAUCCUCGACGUCAUGUACCCUCCCGAGAUCAAGUACGAGGGCCAUCCUCGCGAGGAGGUCGAAGAGGGCGGCUCGCUGACGCUGAAUUGCGUGGCGGACGCCAACCCGCCGGCGAACAUCCUGUGGCGCAAGUCCGGCCAGUCGAGCAUCUACGACAUCAGCCACAGCAUUCACUUCAGCUCCAUCCAGCGCACAGACUCCGGCGUCUACAGCUGCUCGGCCAAGAACGACUUCGGAGAGAGCGCCGAAAUACAGGUCACCGUCAACGUCAAAUACAGGCCGAAGAUCAUCCAAGUGGACCCUUCGUCGCCGGCCACUUUCAACGUGGACGACGUCAUGACGUUGCACUGUGUUGCGGAAGGAAACCCCGUGCCCAAGAUUACGUGGCUACAGCAGAACGGCCGAGACCCCAACGUCUGGAACAUCCGUGGCCGCAACGCAUCGCUAACGGUGGCCAAUGCCAGCUACAGCCACCAGGGAAUCUACCGCUGCGAGGCGAGCAACGUGGUCAAGAACCAGCCCUAUCGCGUCCAGUCGCCGGAAGUGCGCAUCGAUAUUCGAGGCCCUCCGCAGAUAAUGGCGGAAAGCAUGAAGACGCGUCCCGUGGUGGUUGCCAGCAAGGAGGAAGACGUGGCGGUGACAGUGGUGUUCUGCGCCGACCCCAAGCCCGUAGAGACCUUCUGGGGCUGGGGCUCCUACAAGCUCAAGACGGGCAGCGCCCUCGGACGCUUCGUGGCAGAGCCCCUGCUAUCGGACGAAGAGCUGGAGGACUGUUACGAGUCUCGCCUGCUCAUUCAGAAGGUCGAGAGCGACGACUCCCGAAAGUUCACGCUGUUUGUGGACAACGGCAAGGGCAAGGCUUCAUACUCGGUGGCCUUAGAAGUCAAGGAACCACUGGCAAUGACACUGGUCAUUGCUAUCGCCGUGGGUGGCGUCGUCUUCCUGAUUAUCUUCCUUACCCUCUUUGUGUACCUCGUGAGGUCAGAGAAGAUGUGCUUUAGACGUCGGCAUAAGUUUUCACCAGACGGAGAAAGUGACGUCGGCAGCACAAACUCGCAAGGUACGCCCCUGUCCAAGAAACAGCCAGGAGGCGGAGGAGGUCACGUGGCCAUCCCGCCGGACGCCCUCUACACACCUACAUCCAAGACCAACGGCGCUUCCAAGGACGCGACCCAAUACGAUAAUGUUAAGAAUGGGUCCCAGAACGGUCGACCCGAGCCCCCUCCACGAGCAUCCGACGGAAGCAUCGUGUACGCCAGCCUCGACCUUCCGGCGGCGGCAGCCCAGAACGGCAGCAGGCCCGCGCCGGAGCGCACAGAGUAUGCCGAGCUGCAGUUCCAGGCCAACGGAGCACAGCAGCCCACAUCGGAGCACGUGUCACUCUAAACCGCCACUGGACGCAAAGUCCGCCCGGUGCAGAACGCACUCAAAGACUGACCGACAAAGCGACGUGCGGCUGCUUCAGGGAGGGUGCUACGCGGGAUAGACUCACUGACUAUGAAAUGUACCGACGUCGGCUUGCGACGUUUUGUUACGUAUUUGAAGAAAGGAUGCUGGUGUCUCUUUGCAAACUACUGGUGUCCCAGCCGUUGCUCGUGCUACACACGCCGCUUGAUAUGACUUUGCGGCGCAGCGCUUAGGGCAGGCCAAAUAAUGCUCCUUAUGGUCUUCUAUGUCAUUUGGAACAUAACGAAAGAAAGCGUUGCCGGGACCAGCCACCAGGAAAAAUGGGCAACAGCCAUUUCUUAGUUGCGUUUAUUCAGGUUAAUUAAACGCAUUGUAACUCCUCUGAAAUGCACACAGAAGGUUCGUGACUUCACAAGCAAACCAGAAAAGUAUGAACCAUCGUAAGAAGCACACAUCAUUUUUAACAUUCACUUCAGCUGAAUAUUUGGCUGACUCGGAAGCUGUCGUCGGCAGAAUUUCUGCAGUGACUCUAUGCGCUAGGCAUGUCCCGUAACCGGAAUAUUUGUUGAAUGCGCCCCUGCGGUCGACGUACGUCGCGCCACCAACAACUGUAUUGGUUCUAGUAAGCGGAACAAGAUUGACAAGAUUGGGGUAUGUUUAUUUUAUUGCUUGCGAAAGCGUGCUAAGCUAGUCGCAAGUUGAAAGUCAGUCCUUGUUUCCUUUGGAUGCGGGCGAUAGCGUUGGUGUCCAAAACGCUUCUGUAAGCUAUGUGCUGCUUUAUGGAAUCGUUGCAUUUUCCGUGCGAUUGCGCACGCUUCGCAGGACCGCUUUCAACUGUACUGGCUGCAGCGGACGAGUCCUAUAUUUAUGUAAAAUAGGACCUUGGUGCUUAACGCGAAGAAACGCAUUCUUUAGAUAAUUUCGUGCUUUCACAUUGCUGUUAGUUUAACCUACUUUGGCAUCUCAGCAGAUUCGUCCCUUCUCACGGGAAUAGCUGAGGUGAUUCAUUACUUUGCAUGGUGCUUGGUAGUUCUAGCACCUUCUAUAUCUGGCGACAGCGCUAGAAUAGUUGCGGCCAUGGAUUUGGCGGUGAUCGCGCUUACUGCAGAGCGAGGUGUCAUUGUCAAGUGGAGCCUCCCACUUUUACACGUUGCCCUUGGCGGACAGUUAAUACGACUUAUCGAUUGUGGUCCCUGAAUGACGUCAAUCCUGUAUAGCGCGUUGCGCGCAUCCCGUUUGCGCUCUUCAAGUUGAGCGGCGUUGCGCAAGCCAUGUGGACUAGCGAGUGGCUCGGAGACGACGACACCGAGUUACGGAUGAAGCUUGCACUGCCCAGCUUACUCCUAUGUAACCGGAGACGACUAUCCGUCCUCGUUUGCGACGUGUCUCAGUUCAGAGCCAUAUCUUGUAUGCCUAUACUAUUAUGUCGUGUGAAAAUGGGCGUCUGUUUAGUUUUUGACUGUGUGUUUGUAUGUGUGCUUGUGUGCUAUGUUAAAUGCCUCCGGGCAGCUUUAAGCAAGGUGCCUGUCUCUAUAUUGAGGAGAUGUAGCGAGGCAAGACCUUAACCAACAAUGUAAAUGUAAAUAGCAACAGUCGUUUCUACACUUCUUUUGGUGCACAAGCCUAUGUGUCGUACGGUCACAUGGCGCGUCCUUUAAGAUAAGAAAAUGCAUGAUAUAGGAAACAAAUAUAUCUGUUAGGACUUGCAAUAAUGGUGUACUUAAAGAGCCCAUUUGUACAUGAGUAUUCUAUGACUGUUUCUGGAAGAGUAUUACUGGUGUAGAAGUAUGAUUUUUUUGUGUUUGCCUCCUGAGUCUCACGUGGUCAAAAUGAUCGUUUCUUUUGAAUACAGUAGUACGUAGGAAUAAGUCCAGUCCUUUCAGUCUAAGCUCACUUGCCACGCAACCAGCAUAUCUAAUUCGCUCGAAUGGUGAAAAGUGCUCUUAUUUGAUCUCGCGUUGUCAUUGAGAUUACUGUACAGAUACGUGCUGACAAAUGUCAUCACAUACCAGAAGCUCUUCUAAAGGCAGUGCCAACUUAGGAGUCACGGGAUGGUGAAAAUUAUUCAUUGUUCGAUAUCCCAAUGUCUGAAAAAUUCUUAUACAACUGCAAAGCGCUACGCAACACAUAACAACUUACAAGAAUACAAAAAUAAAGGUAAACUAAACCAUCUUUGUAACAAUAUCAACGGCACAGGAAAUCGACUUUGUUAUGAACGUUUUCUUGAUCUAAGUGUCUUUCUUGUUUUGUUUUUUUAGCAGAGGAGCUAUAGGAAAGUCAUAGUAACGCGGUGUACACACUAACAGGCACGUGAGCUUUAUUGGUAUCACUUGAUGUAUCCCGUCCACAGCGCGGAGCAAGACAGAGUCCUCGGUUCAACCAACAAGAAUCCUUGAUGCGCGGGUCUCGUCUCUUAUGUAGCCCUACGACAGCGGUGCGCAUGCGCCAACAAGAUAGCGAGUGCAUGAGGCGUCCACGGGCGGCGCCCUACAAAUUGUAAUAUGUCAGUCUAAAGAAAGUCGCACUCAAUAGUGGGCGGCACCACCAUGGCGAAAUUUUAAUGAGACCCGUAAACAGCUUCCCUGUCCUUCGGUUAUUAUCACGUGAUGCAGUUAGUCCAAAAUAGCUGCAGCCACCUGACGGGGUGACCUUCAUAGCACUCUUUGCCUUGGCGGGUUGGUCAACAGAAACGCAAAAAGUUAUCGCACAUGUUGCACCGAGCAAUCCCGCGCGUAAUUCGUGCUUCGUAGUUCGCGCUAAACAGAGUACGGUGCUACUUCAGUUUGAACAAUCCUGUCUAGUGCAUGUACUCUGGUCGAGAUCACGAAAACUUCUAAUAAAGUGAUUUUUUAUAACGAGGGUUUGAUCUACACUGUAUCAUGACGUACUGAAACCAUUAGCUUUUCUUCCCGCGUAUCAGUGUGCAUUGCAAAUUUAUUUGGUAUAUGCAUCAUUUGACAUAAUAGCAGCAAAAUGCUCGGAAGUCAGCGCUUUCUACGCAUUGCCAAACUAUGUAAUUUGACAUGUAAGGGUGUUUAUCUUAUAUGGAGCCCUGCCAACAACUUACAAAUUCUUACCGCCUUAACAUGCCGUGGUCUGAAAAAUAUAGAAAUUGAAAUAUUUUUCUUCAUGCUUUUUUGUGUCUAGGAAGUCCAGGAAAGUAAACGGCAAUGUAACGAGUUGCGCGAUCAGUUUGGUUAAGGUAAAUAAAUAUUUUACUUGCAUGAAAACGUGAAAUGCGCGAUACCAUAUUUAAACUAACGCAACAAUGCGAACAGCAGUUUAUCCUCCCCUGCUCUAAACAUAUCUCCAAAUUUCAUUGUACAUACACUGUUUCGAACUAAGUAUAUUGCUAACCAGUCGCAAAGUUUCGCACACUGGCUUUUACAGCGUAAAACGAGCCAAUUUUUUACAUUUUUCGUGAGCGCACUGCUAUUUGUUAUGUCCAGUAGCGUGUAUGUGUGCAUGAGCGCGUGACUGAUAAGGUGAAAGAGAAGUAGAUUAUAAAAUAAGCUUUUGUAGUCAUUGGGGUACUCAAUGCAGAGCCCUUUUUUGUCUUGAUGUUAUUCUCUUUCUUUAUAUUCUUGGAAGUGAUUUUUUGGUUUGCAUAGUACUUGCAGCAAGAUCUAUACUCUGGUGAUGAAUGCCAAAUGCUGGACUGUGUCCUUAUAAAUAAAGUUGUGAAUAUGUAAUGAUGCCUUUAUGCCGAUGAAAUGUUUUGAGGUCACGGAAGAAAAGUUGCCUCUGCACAGAAUUACCUAAGAUGUACCUUUCCCGUAGCUGUUGCUAGAAAUAUGCUUAAGUUGCGCAAGAAAUUCUAUAAUUUUUCGCCUUGGGUUUUAAUAGGUCGGGAGUUUGUCCCAAUGAAAAUCGAGACAUUUUAUUCAGGUCUAGUUCAUCACAGGCAAAAAGACACAACUUUUUCUUCCUUGUUAUUGUAUUUCUGAUGUUGCUUGCUUAGACUUCUACGAUGAACGUUUGCGGCAAACGCUCGCUUGUAGCAGUUCUACAACAAAUUCAGUCACCAGUCUGUAUUCAACGCUUUUUUUUUGUGAACUAAUACGAUUCGCUGUGUUAGUGGCACUAACAUGAAAGUUCUACACAUCUGGCUCUUGAAAAACAGCAUGACAAAAUAUGAUUAUUUGUGCUGCCGAAUAUCAGCUCCUUGAAAUUCGAUUUUAUAACAGGUGGUUUGCUUAGGUCGCAUUGAACAAAAUUUAACAUUCUUCCCUACGUAACGUUACCAAAUGUUUAAUAUGACCCUUUCUAUUAUUCUCAUUAAGUGACAAUCACUUACCUUCAUAGCAUCCCCCUGAGAUUUCUGCCAACAAGAAGUGAAGCGCCGCACUCUACAGACACACCAGUGUAACAGCGUUGCAAAUUUUCAUGCUCAAAGGAAAUAAGGAAACGGAAGUACAAUAUUGAUCAUUCCAUGUCAUUGUUUCCGUCUUUUUGAACUACGUUGCUUAAUUUCCGACUAGCACUUAGUCAAUUUUGCUAGUUGACACGGAAUCUCUAAUUUGCCAGCCACCCGUAUAUUUGCGCAUCACCCACGGCAGCCCUAAAUACUGCUUCAUCAGGCACGCUAGGAUACUACAAUCAUGCAUAAUCAUCAUCAUUCACGUGAGGACUCCAAUGCCGCAAAGUUACCGGUAUUUCUUAUUUUUCUAUGUUAUGAUAUUUCCGGUAUUUGUACAACUCCAUGCGUCCGUUGCGAUCGAACUUGCCUUUUCGAAUUUAUGGCGUCACCAAUGGAAAAAUCACCUUUAUCACGGUGAACCUGCUAUUCUGAUUCUGUUUUUUUUAGUAGAUUAUGACAGAAAAAGAAAUAAAAAUGAUCGUGCUAUUAUAUUUCCUUCUUGCUCACACCUUGCGCAGGCUAUUCCAGAUGACGUUUGCCUUAAGUAAAUAUCGACCAUGUGUAAAAGUGCUUUUUCAUAUCAUGCAUGUGCCACUGUAUCGCUUUACUUCUUGCUUUGAGAACAUCCCGUUUGUGGGUCAGUACUUCCAUAAAGUUUCUACACAUCAGUGUUUAUAGGUGUCGCUAAAGUGUAACUGAGAAAACUUAUUUGUGUAGCUACAAGAAUUGCUCUUCGUGAAGCGUUCGAGAUCUCUCGGCUGUAAGUUGUGCUAAUAAAGAAUAUUUUUUCUUGUA